UGUUACACAACACAGAGAAAAUCUUGUUGUAUAUAUAUAAUUUAUAUUGCUUUUAGUUUCUAAACAAUAAGAACAAAGUGAGAGUAAAGAUGCGCUUAAAGUACAACAAAACAAUAAUAGAUUCCCAGAAUUGCAACAGUCCUAUCGCUGCGGUAACCUGGUCACCAAACAAUAUAAAGCUGGCUGUAGUGACGUGUGAUCGCCUUAUUCUUCUGUUUGACAAAGAUGGUGUCCGCCGGGAUAAAUUCAACACAAAACCAGCGGAUCCAGCCGCUGGGAAAAAAUCAUAUGUUGUGACAAGUGUUGUAUUUAGCGAUAAUUCAGAACUCCUUGGCGUCGCACAAAGUGAUAACAUGGUAUUUGUGUACCGUGUCGGAGCCGAUUGGAGUGGGAAGAAAGUUAUUUGUAACAAAUUCCCGCUCUCAGGAUCGCCUUUGCAUUUACUGCCUUCCGAACAUGGAUUUGUAACAGGAACGAGCGAUGGAAAAAUAAGGCUUUUAGAUUGCAAAAGCAACAAAAGUUCAAGUCUGUGGACGGGCAGUGCUUGCUGUGUGUCGUUAGCUCGAAGUGCAGAUGGAGCAUUAGCUUCGGGACAUAUAGACGGCACCAUAUACCUCAACACCCGUCUUCUCCUGAAAUACGCUCUUCCUCCAACAGCCCUGGCAUUGCUACCACCCUAUCUGUUGGUGGGUGCUUGCGAUGGCAGGAUCUCAGUAUACGAGGCACAGCGUGGCGCGUUGGUGCGCACCAUUGACGUCCCGCUUCCACCAGAUAGACGAGACUUUAUAGCUAUCGCCCCAAGUCCGUCUGGACAGACGGUGGCGCUGGGAGUAUUUGAUGGUUGUCUGGUCGGUGAAGUGAAGGAGUCUGGUAACAUUGAACUGGUGCCAAUAAAUAUAAACAACCUGUACGCGGCGCGGGCGUUGGCCUGGAGUGGAGACGGAACAAAGCUGGCCAUAGCAUCUCAAACUGGAGCUGUUAUCACGCUGGAAGCCGUUCUGAGGCGUUGGGUGUGGCGUGAUACAGUGGAGGUUCAACACGUGAGUGCCAGACAGCUGAUACUGACCCGAGUUGCAGGAGACGCUCCACCGCUCACCGUGACCACGAAGCAUGCCCCGGACAUAUACACCGUCAAGUUUAUAGGUAACGAUUGGUACGGGGUUUGUCGCACUGCAAACACAUUAAUAUUAUGUGAUAUAGCACAUGGACUCACAAGCGAGAUCCCUUGGUCUGGCACCGGGGAAAAGAUAUACGCCGCAGUGGGAGGCGCUUGCCUGUUGCACCGCGCCGGAGAACUGAGCGUUGUGGAAUAUGGACUCGAUAAAGUUCUUCAUACGGUGCGCACAGAGCGCGUGAACCCCCAUGUGUUGAGUGUGCGAAUCAAUGAGAGGGUGUCAUCAGAUAGAUCGGACAGGAAGUUCCUGGCCUACCUGCUAGACAGACAAACUAUGGCCGUCGUAGAUCUUGUGAAUGGUAUUCAACUAGGACAGUGGUGGCACGAAGCUCGUAUUGAUUGGUUAGAACUCAACGAGAGUGGUCAACUGUUGCUAUUAAGAGAUACAAGAAGAAGGCUUGUGCUUUUAAAAUUAGGCACAGGAGAAAAGGAGAUAAUUGCAAGUGGCGUCGGGUUCGUACAAUGGAUCGAAGACAGCGACGCCGUGGUCGCACAGACUCCGACACAUCUGUUGAUAUGGUACAGUGCAUGGGAGGCGACAUGCGUAGAGAUGGUGGACUGUGGUGGUGGGAGCGCCGUGGAGGUGGUCGACAGGAAGGUGGUCCUAGACGAAGGCCUCGUACCCCACGUCACGCUUGACCAACACAGACUUGCUUUCAAUAAUGCACUCCGUGUCGGGGACCUGGCUGGCUGUGCACGCUACUUGGAAUCCGUGAACAGCUCAGCAGACAUUGCACCUCUCUGGAGACAGCUCGCUGAAACAGCUCUUCAUAAGCUUGAUAUUCAGUUGGCAGCUAAAUGUUACCGAGGAGUCGGUGACGAAGCACGGACGUUCUAUUUGGAUGCAAUUCUUGAAUUAGCAGCUGUGGAGGGAAACGGAAAUAUUAGUGAAGGGUUAUCCAGUCCGUUAGUAGAAGCUCGUUUGGCGAUAUUUGCUGGAGAUCUUUCUGCCGCUGAGGAGUUAUACGUACGGAAAGCUGGCAAGCCGGAGUUGGCUAUUAAUAUGUACAAACAGUUCAAUAAAUGGACGGAUGCAAUAGCUGUUGCUGAAAAAAUCGACAGAGCAGCUGUUGGCCCAUUGAAGAAGCAGUACAUGGACUAUAUGAACUCAACCGGCAGAGUGGGUGAAGCCGGAGCUGUUCUGGCAGCUAGUGGAGACAUACGUGGUGCUGUUAAGCUGUGGGUGAGAACUGGUAGAGCGAGAAGGGCAGCGGCCGCGCUCUUACAGCAUCCCCCUCUACUGAGAGACGAAGAACUGUUGCAGGCUGUUCACACACAGCUGGUUCAGGAAGAGUGGUGGGAAAUGGCGGGUGAAAUAUCUGAGAAACGUGGUGAUAAUAAGAUGGCUGUGGAAUAUUACGCGAAAGGAAACAACUAUGCCAGAGCUGUUCAGUUGGCGAGAGAGGCUUGUCCAGGUGAAGUGACGCGGCUGGAAGGAGAGUGGGGUUUGUACCUGGUGGCAGACCGGCGUUCUGCCGCCGCUGUGCCGCACCUCAUAGAAGCGGGCCGCACCGUCGACGCACUCGCCGCCGCUGUCAAGGCGCACCACUACAAGCGGGCGUUGCAGAUUGUGCAGGUUAUUGAUGACAAGGAAUCUAUCAGAGAGCAGUGUGAACAGCUCGGUGAACAUUUCAUAGCGGUUCAGGAAUGGGAUACCGCUGAACGGGUAUUAAUUACUUGUGGGAUGUCGGAGCGAUGCGUGCGCGCGUACAUUUCUGCGGGCAGAUUUAGCGACGGAUUGCGUGUCGCUACUGCGCAUUUAUCAGAACAAGAGACUAAGGACAUAUUUGUUCCACUGGCUGAUCAGUACAGAGAAGAAGGACAGCUGAAGAAGGCUGAGCAGAUAUAUAUCGGGCUUGGUGAUGCCGAUCAAGCUAUAUCGAUGUAUAAGGAAGCAUCGCAGUAUGAGUCAAUGCUCCGUUUGGUCGCAACACACCGUAGCUCCUUGCUAGAGGCUACGCGGCGUCACGUAGCGCAAGCACUACAUGCAUCCGGGGAUCUCCGUGCUGCUGAGAACUAUUAUAUACAAGCAGGUGAUUGGAAGAGUGCUAUACAAAUGUAUCGCAGUUGUAACCAGUGGGAGAACGCAGAGCGGGUUGGUCGUGCGCAUGCGCCGGCUAAUGUUCAGCAACAGAUAGCGCUGCAGUGGGCCGCGACGUUGUCAGCGCCGUCGGCGGCGCGACUGUUAGCAGCGCGAGGUCUGGCGGCUGUCGGGGCGCGGUGGGCGCUGCAGGCCCAGCGUUGGGACAUAGCUAUCGAACUCAGCGAGCUAGGUGGAGGUAUAUCGAAGAGAGAAGUGGCCCGACAUGAAGCCGCCUCGCUAGCUGAAGAGCAUCCUGAGGAGGCUGAGGCAGCGUUCCUGAGAGCUGGCGCACCAGAGGAUGCAGUCCGAAUGUGGCUUGUCAGAGGCUCUCACCAGAGGGCGUUGGUCCUGGCAGAACAACAUGCAGCACAUAUGGUCGAGGAAGUAGUGCUGGAAGGUGCUCGAGCCGCCGCCGACCGUGGUGACCUGCAGCAGUUUGAAGCUCUCAUGAUACGCGCCAAUCGACCAAGGGAACUUGUUCAGCACUACAAAGAUCUUGAAAUGUGGGAAGAAGCGAGUCGUGUUGCUCGCGAGUAUUUACCGGAUAGUGAAGAGGCUGUACCUGAUUCGGUGCCGCCGUUGCUGCAGAGAGCUGCAGAUCAUGCCGACAGAGGUGAGUGGUGGGAGGCGGUGCGAGUGCUAGCGGCAGCUAGUGCGGCGGCGGCAGCGGGCGGUGCCGCUCGUCUGGCGGAGCGUGCGGCGCUCCGAGCGGCGCGACUAGCGCGGGACCGACUGCCGCCGCGCUCCGACCACCGACGGUCGGCCGCUGAGCUGCUUGCGCAACGAUUUGACGCGAUUGGUCAAGGCGACGUUGGAGAACAACUGCGAGCUGCUUUACUCGACGGUAGUGACGAAGAUGCAACAGGCGCAUCACCAGAUUACGAGGAGCCUGUAGUAGCGAGUACCGAAGAAACCACGAGUGAAACAGAUGCGGAAAAUUCAGCGUUAGAGAAUCUAGCGAGGGCGGGUCAGUGGCAACGGUGUCUCGCACACGCUGGCAGUAGGGCCCCACACUAUGCACUCAGAUGCGCUGCGCAUUUGUUCAAGACUCAUUCGCGCACCGAAGGGGUUGAUAUCGAGAGCGAAGACAUCCCUGAAGCGCUCUCUUUGGCUUUAGAUACACUGCGGCAGUACUUGUUAAUAGACAACGAAGCUAAUGCUGUAUCGGCUAGUGAUGUGAAUCUAGCGAAAGCCGUAUGUAACGAGAUUUUAGUACGAGUUUCGUUGGCUCCUAAAGCGUUCAGUGCAAUGAAAGAUGCUGCUGAAAUAAUGGUGGCAGUAGGAGCUGAAGAUAGAACUAUUCAGGCUCUUACCUUACUGAUGGGUCUUCACGUGCCACUGGUAUCAUCGAAGGUAGCGCGCUCCUUGCCCCGGUAUUGCGAUAUCAUAGUAGCGGACGUUGCGUUCUACUCGUGUGGCGCUGUUAUACGUGAAGAGGGUAGCAGCAGUGCGCGGGAAGCGUUCGUAUUUCUAAAUCACUGCCUGGAUCUCGUUGAAGCCGCUGAAGAAGAUUCAGCUCAUCUCCUUGACUAUACUGAUUUCGAAUGUACAGACUGGUCCAAGUCUCCCCUCCUGCUAGAGAAGUCCUGCGUGAGCGGCCCUGCGUUGGAAUCGGUGCGUGACUGGGUACUGGCAGUCUCCAUGGAGCGCACUGUCGAACAGACGUUGCCCGUGGAGGGGGGAGGCAUGUACGUGUCGCAUGCGGGGAUGGAGCCGUGCUGCGUGCUAACCGGGUAUCCGCUUGGCUCGCGGCUCGUCACCUUUACUAAUGGCCGCUGCGCAAACCGAGAAUGGUGGUCUCGUGUGUCACAGGCCGCUCGUAACGAGGCCUCUCGCGAUCGAGGCCACCACGUGUCGGCCACACUACUCGCCCACAUCACGGCCUGGUGCGGUCCAGCAGAUUUCACUCUGAUUCAUUAGACUCAAUAAAUUUAUUGAACAAA